AUCUUGCUAGUAGAACUAGGCAGUCUAAGACUACACCUUGCCUGAAACUGUUUAUACGGAGUGGAGUGGUGAAACGUUUCUAUGGUGUAGUAUUCCGUAAACACAGCUCUUAAUUUGAAUGGUAUUAGUGUCAUUUUGAAGCACCCCGGGUAGCGGUGUAGAAGUUUGCGUAGGACCUUCUAAAUUUGCGUACUCGAAGAAAAAUGAACCCGAAAAUGGUCGCUGCAUGUCAGAGCUUUAAAAGAACGUAGCUCCCAAAUUCAAGAAUACGCACUCUGCUAAAAUCGAAAAUGACCUCUAACUUAGUUUUUAGCUCUUCCUUUAUAGCACUUAUCAGCUUUAUACUUUUCUCUCCCCAAAUUGAUGCUGGUGAUAGUUCUGUACCAUCAAGAACAACAAGUGCUAUAUUUGGAGCUUUCUUCCGUAAUGGAACUUUUACCAGAGCCAAUUUUUCAAGCAGUAUGCCCGAUUUGUGCGAGUCGUCUGGAGAAACAUCAGUUGGCGCUGUCUGCGUGUUCAUCCUAACUCAAGACGCUCACGCAAUAUAUCUUCUGGUAGAUGCAGAUAGAAAAAUUUCCUCCCAUUAUGAGAAAGGUCUUAUGGGAGCAAUUUUGUCAGACAAGUUUGAGAAGGCCCAUGAUAUCAUCGUUCUCGAUAGCACGCUGCUGUCGAAAAAAGGAGCCGCCAUCGAUUUCAAAUAUCUGCCGACUAAAGGAGCGACCAUGUUUUCCAACCGAAUCUAUCCCGAAUUCAAAGACGGACGACUCAUAUGGUCGAGUGUAGUCCUGGUACUGCCUAUGCCAGCGCUAGAUCUGGUGUCCCUGGACCACAUCUCAGCCAAGCAUGACCUGUAUGUUGCUGUUGUGAACAAAGCCAGUACUUUGGGAGGUGGCGAUGAGUUCACAACUUUCUUGGGAUCAUCCUAUUUGGCCUUAAGCAAUAAGGACAUAGUGCCCUUCACAUCCAGCUCGCAGACGGUGAACCUAUUCGAUCACAAAAGUGGGUCAUUUGUUGGUUCAAUGUCUCUCAGCCAAAAGAACUUCGACAUUGCGUCUCACGAUGCUGACAGAACCGAUGUCAAGUACCGUCGUAGACGAGAUGACGAACCGGAACCAAAAACUCCUAAAUCUUCGUGUGAUAAAAAUUUGGAAGGAAAAAUUAUAUUUCCUCUCAGCUUUCUCAUUUUGGGGCUAAUUCUUUUGGUCAUUUUAAACGUGGUGCUCUUCUCGUACGCACUGGCUCACGGGAACGCUCCGGCGUCCGAGGAAGGCGAAGACGAAGCGGAGGAAGAGAAACUGCUUCCGAAUAAAUCGAAAUCGGUUGAAUCGAAGCCGCCUUCGUCGCACGGGGGCAAAUCGAGUCUAGAAAACAUAGCAGAGGAGGGGGCUCCUAGAAAAGGCAGGAUGUCGCCUGCUACAGGUCGGGCGAAAAAUCGAUUCGGGGAUUCACCAGCACCUGCUCCGAUUUACAAAACAGAUAGUACAGAUUUCUGGGAAAUCGAAGCAGAUACAGGAUACAACGAACUUUGAAACAAAACUUCUGAAAUUUUUGUAUGCCAGCAAGAGCGAAACUCAAACUAAAACGCAGAAUUACUUUGUCAAGGCUGUUCAAAUUUGCGCUAUAUUUAAUCAGAGAAAUGCUUUCACGAGCAGUUGAUAUUUAAAUUAGAUCAUUUUGGUAUUAAUUAUUUUACCAGAUUUCAUGCAAAUAAGCUUCAUUGACUAAUAUACUAUUUGGUAUCUUUCAAUUAAUUUUUUGCACUU